AUGUCCAAAGUAAUGAAACCCAGCAACGGAAAAGGUUCUAGAAAGAGUUCAAAAGCAGCCACACCUGAUACUAAAAAUUUCUUUCAUGCAAAGAAAAAGGAUCCGGUGAACCAAGAUAAAGCAAAUAAUGCUUCUCAAAUUACGCCAACAGUGCCACAUUCUCAUCCAUCAGAUAUGGUUAUCCCUGACCAUUUAGCCGAAUUGAUUCCUGAGCUGUAUUCUUUCCAACAACUGGUGGAUUCCGAGAAAAGAUUAGAUCAUUUUAUUCAUCUGCGAAACUUACAUAUGAAGCGAAUGGUUGCGCAGUGGGAGAGGUCAAAGCUAUCCCAAGAGUUUCUUUAUCCUCAUUUAAAUUUUCCAAAUGUAAAAUUUCUCCGAAUCUUCAUUUCAAAUGUUAGUGAAAACCAACCCUGGCAAAUGGACACAAACAAUGAGGCUGACCUUAUGGCACUGGAGAAUGCCACUUGGACGAUGAGAAUCGAAGGUCGAUUAUUGGACAAUGUGCAAGCUAAUGAUCCAGCAAGAGAAAAAUUUAGCUCAUUCAUAGAAUCGAUAGUGGUAGACUUCAAAAAUAAGGAAAACGAUAAUGUGCCAUCGACUAAAUUUAAUGCGGCCCCUGAAGAAAAUGCCACCGAAGGACCCAGUGAUAAGAAAUUGAACUUAAACUUACCGUUACAAUUUUCACUGCCGAAUGGUGACAACUCUACUACGACUAAUACCGACCAAAAUAAUGCCACGAUGGGGGAGGAGACUGCCAAAAAGGAUAUGAGUUCUACAACUCCAAAACUAGAAUCAGUGAAAUGGCAGUAUGACCCGAAUAAUCCUGUAGACUUCGAUGGUCUCGAUAUUAAGAGGGUAGGGUCUGAAAAUGUAGAAUGCACUAUAAGCAUCCUGCGAAAAUCAUCCCCAGAAGAGCCAUUUAUGAGCUACUCUCCACAACUAACCGCAAUAAUAGGAUUGAAGAGCGGUACAUCACAUGAUGCAAUAUUUUCCAUAUAUAAAUACAUCCAUUUAAAUGAAUUGCUUACCAAUGAUGAGUCUGCAUUCGAAAAUUUGAUGGGCAACAGGAACAAUCACAAUAGCAACACCAGUACUAGUAAGAUGCUUGAUGCAGCCUCCAGUCAAGUUUCUAUUGUAAAAUUAGACACUCAGCUUAUUACCUUAUUACCCAGCAGUCUUAAAGAAUCUUCUCCAGAUACAAUGAAAUUAACGGAUUUACUGUCCCUUAUUAAUAGUACUCACCUGCUCCCAUUACAGCCAAUUGAAAUUGAUUACACAGUACGCGUUGAUAAAGCUUCCACUUAUGGUGAGUUGGUUCUUGAUAUUGAAGUACCUGAUGUCAACGCUCUAAAAUUCAAUAAUACACAAAGAGAAAGUCAAAUUGGGGCUGCUGAAUUGAAUGAAAAUGCCAGGGAAUUGGAACAAAUCAAACCCAAGAUAGCUUUACAGGACAAAGAAAUAACGUCCGUUCUCUCGAAUCUACACGAGAGCAACAAACGAUACCGUUUCUUCAAGAAAAUUAGUGAGGACCCAGUUAAAGCAUUAAAUGAAUGCAUUGCUUCUACCUCGAAUGCUUUGAAAGUUUUAUCGGGAGAUGAGGGCUAUAAUGAAGAUAUGGUAAGGCGGGCUAACUUUUACAAGGAAAAUGAAGCUAUGUUGCGCGAGAAUAUAGAAGUCAUAUUAUCAAAUGGACGAAUGUAG